AUUAAACCCAAAGAAGAAGAAGAGUCCUCUUGCCAACAGACGAGCCUCUCCACUCAGCUGCUGACCCUCUCACCGGCCGGUGUUUCCAUGGAGGUAUUAUAGGAGGAUAUCCUAAGGGUGUUUCUGCACCUCUCUGCCGCAGUUUCAGACAGAACACUCGAAUGUUUCUUUCCCUGAUUCCCUCCUGAUGACCGGACCGGAGGCUCUGAUCCCAGAGGUUCCCGGAGGAUGGAGGGGCUUAGCGGGUCCCGGUUCCUCGGCCCUAUGCUCCUCCUCUCCUCCCUGGCGGUUCUGGUGAGCUGCCACCCCGGGACCUGCAAACACCGAGCCCCGCCGCCAGAGGAGGUUGUCCAUCACGUUUACCUGAAGCCUGAGCGGCUGACGAAGAGGAGCUCUCCUGACGACCUUCAGCUGAAGAUAAAGAUCAUCUACGACCACAGCGUGGACCAGCUUCCUGCAGACAAGAGGAGGCUGGUAAAGGAUAAGCUGUUUCCUCAGGCCAUCGAUUACCUGCAGAGGGCCUUUAGUGUGCGGCGCAGGGUCGGCCCGGUGCUGCUCAGCAGACAAUGCUCCACCAACCAGUACCUGAGGAAGAGAGAUGACCCGCACCGCUACUGCCAGGACGCCUGUGCAGACGUGACCCGCUGCGGCCCCGUCGUCGUGCCACAGCACCACCUGCAGCAAUGUAAGGUGUGCAGUGAGUCAGGGAAGUCGUGCGGCCCCGUCGGGCCCCUGGACGGCCCCGGGGUGGAGGGGUCGGACUUCGUUCUGUACGUCAGCGGCAUCACCACGGAGCGCUGCGGUCAGGAGAACAUCGUGGCCUAUGCUGCGUACUGCCAGCUGGAGGCAGAGCUGGACCGGCCGAUCGCAGGCUAUGCAAACCUGUGUCCUGCAAUGAUCUCCUCCCAGCCUCAGGAGUUUGAAGGGAUGCUCUCCACCGUCAAACACGAGAUCAUCCACGCUCUGGGCUUCUCCGCCGGUCUGUUCGCCUUCUACCACGACGACGAGGGGAAACCUCUGACUCCGCGCUUCGCCAGCGGCCUGCCCGCCUUCAACGAGAGCAUCCGCCCUGUGUGCAGCCUGGGUCUGUACCAGUGGAGCGAGGCGGUGAUCCGGAGGGUGGUCCGGCUGUGGGACAUCAGAGGGGGAGUGAUGGUCCGACACCAGGUCCACAUCCUGGUCACCCCCCGAGUGGUGGAGGAGGCCCGGAGACAUUUUAACUGUCCCAUCCUGGAGGGCAUGGAGCUGGAGAACCAGGGGGGGACGGGGACGGAGCUGAACCACUGGGAGAAGAGACUGCUGGAGAACGAGGCGAUGACUGGCUCCCACACUCAGAACCGGGUUUUCUCGCGGCUCACGCUGGCCCUCAUGGAGGACAGCGGCUGGUACCGGGCUAACUACAGCCUGGCUGAGAGGCUGGACUGGGGCCACGGGCUCGGAUGCGACUUCGUCAUGAAGAGCUGCAAGUUCUGGAUGGACCGGCAGAGACAGAGGCGUCAGUCUGUGACUCCGUACUGCGACACGGUGCGAGCCUCUCCUCUGCAGCUCACCUGCAGACAGGACCAGCUGGCUGUGGCCGUCUGCAACCUGCAGAGAUACAGUGAGGAGCUGCCACUGGAGUACCAGUACUUUGACGGGAUCACGGACGUGUCCUCUGAUCAGCUGUCGUUGUUCGGGGGGGCGGUGGAGAUCGCAGAUUUCUGUCCCUUCAGUCAAGAGUUCAGCUGGCAUCUGAGCGGAGAGUACCAGAGGAACUCGUACUGCAGAGUGUCCCACAACCAGCCCGACUGGUGGAGGAACUACGGUGCGGAGCAGUAUGGAUCGGACUCUGUGUGUUUGUACCAGAAGUCGGCUUUCAUCAUGGAGCAGUGCACCAAGAAGAUGACGUACCCAGACUGGGGCUCCGGCUGCUACAAGGUGUGGUGCUCGACCGGAGGUCUGACGGUGUUCGUUCAGGACCGCUCGUUCCUCUGCGUGCGUACGGGUCAGCUGCUGAGCGUCAGUGUGAGGGUGAACGACUGGGUUUAUAACGGCGUGUUGAUCUGCCCCGCCUGCACCGACUUCUGCGACCACUGCCCCCCCCCUCACCAGCUCCCGCCCAUCAACGCCUCAAGGAGCAACCCCAUUGACCCGUGCUCCGGAGCUCCAGGUUUGCCUUUCACUCUGUGGCUCCUGAUGCUCAACCUGCUCUCCCUGGUUGCCGGACUGCAGCGCUGCACCAGCAGCUGACACACACACAAACACAGACACACACGAGCUAAACACUGGGGGACUCUUUUAUCUCCUCGUUUAUUCCUGACUUCUUCUUCUUCUUCUAUGGUUUCUCCAUCGUUCCCUCUCCGCUGUCAGGGAUCGUUUUACUGUAACAACAACAAACAGCCGACCGAACAAUGUUUCUGCUUUUUCUAUUGGCUCGUUGUGCAGCUGAAAGCUUCUCUACCCAGAAUCCUCAGCUUUGCUGGCACACGGCAUCAUCCCACUGUUCUAUCCAUCGAGCCAGAUCUGAGAGCUGAUUUCUUUGAGACGUCAGCAGAACAGACGGAGUGGUCGUCCGCUCGGUGCUCUCUUCAAGAAGAGUUUCUAACAUUUAAAGCUACAACACUUUUUAAAAUAAGACUUUUAUUCUGAAAAGCGAGCUUCCUCUGAGUGAGUGUGAGGUUAGGAGCAGCAGGAGGUUUACAUUUCAAACCGUGUGCGUAUAAAUAUGUCUCUUUCCUAAGCACUCCCUAUUUUCAGAGGAGUUGUUAUUGACUCUCAUUCGAGGAGAGGCUUCAGCGUGGAGACGGUUCACCCCCACCUGUAAGCCGCUUUGGGUAAAAGAGUUGAAUAAGGUACAUGUAAUGUAGAAAAUAAAAAGGAAGUGGUCGAGAAGGAGGCGGGGCUUCAUACGGUGAAUGAACUGCUUCAUGACCUCUUAUAAUAACUUGUCUCUGUGAGGCUUUAACGUCCCCACAGACUGAGGGCCGGAGCAGAGAUUACUCGUGUUCUGAUAUAACGCUGAGAAACAGAGAGGAGAAUAAGCCAUGCUGUCUGUCACUCAGACGACCCCAACAAACUGCAGUGUGAUGAUGAUGAUGAUGAUGAUGAUGAUGAUGAUGAGGGGGAAAUUGUCAAGAAAUUGACGUUCAUUUUAUCAUUUGUUCACAGAAAAGCUAAAGGAGCUCCAAACCAGUUCAGUCCUGUUGCUAGAUUUUUAACGCCAUGAUUUGUCACGACUCAAAUGCACUUUGUAUCGUCCCAUAGCGUGUACGCAGAAAGAAUCACACCCUGGAGUUUAAACACCGUGGAGCAGCUUCAGCUCGCUUAAAUCUGCUGCUCACUUUCCAGGGUCAGAUUUAAAACGUGAUGUCAUAAAAACAAAUGCUGAUGGUAUUACGUUUGAAAUCUGGACCAACUUACCUGAAAGAGAACAAAAGCACACAUGGAUACAAAAUAAAUAAGUACAGUGUUAGCUGGUUGGAUCCUGCCCUCAUCUUCAUCACCCCAAAGCAUCAUGGGAAAUGCAGUUUGUUCAGGUUUCCUGUCAGUGACUUUAAUGCUGAACUCUUAACGGUGCUUAAAGUCCUUCAGGUUUAUCAUUUACACACACGUCAAAUGAAUCUACGGUAGAGGAUUACAUCUGACUAAAAGUGAUUCUAUUAAUUCUGAGAUUUAAAAAAGUCAGAAUUCCAACUUUUGAGUUUGAUGAAAAUGGCAUUCUGUUUUCUCAGAAUUUUUAUUCUGUUUUCUCUGAAUUUUGAGUUUUUUGCUCAGAAUAAAGAAAUCAGAUCUAAAUCAAAAAGUGUCCCUCAUCCUCUGCCGUAUUUAUGGUGGUUAUAUUUCGGUGUAGUUUUUCUUGUUGCAGUUGGUGCAGUCUGUAGUUUGAGGACAAAGUGUGUCUCCUGCAGAGAUGUGUAGUGCUGGACAGAUGAUUGUCUGCAGAGUUUUAUUCCAGGGACGAGUUCAACAAAAAAUAAUCUGAUGUUUUGAGACUAGAUGCUUUUUUUAGUGCGAUGGAAGAACUUUAUUCAUUGGUUUGAUUCCAGAUGUUGUGUUUAAGCUUUGUCUACAUUUGGAAACAGAAUUAAGAGGGUUGGAAAGGUCUUUUUAAUGAUUGUCUUCUUUAGUUUUGAACUGAAUUAAAGUUCAGAAGAUUUUCUUUAAAACCCCGUAAUUUCCUUCUUUUUCUCUAAAAAUACAACCUUUUCUAGAAAUAUAUAAAAUAUGUUUUGCUAGAAAUACGACCACGAGUACUACUUUAUAAAAAACGUUUCCUGUGGACAUACAAAAUGAAUUCCCAUAAUAUAUCAACAACAAAUGAUCACUUUGUCUGUAAAUAAUUCACUUGUUUUCCAGAAGAACAUUUUUUAUUUGUCAAAAUAUUAUGUUUUCCAUUUUUUAAAUGUCUGAUUUUUUCUGAUGGGUUGAACAAAACAAGCGGCUGGAUUAAAAGCAUUUAGAUAUUUAAGUCCUCAUUAAUGUUGGUCAUUUUGUUCUGUUCCUCCACAGAUGUGUCUUUCUAUUCAGAAUAUAAUGUGAGUUGGUUUGUUGAACAUUGAAGGCGUGCUUCAGGAAGCGUGAGAUAUUUUCCUGUUCGAACUGAUCUUUGUUUUAUUUCUAUUUUAUUUUGUAGAAAAAGGGCUGCUUUUUAAAGACAACAGAGACAGUUGUCUCAAUAAACAUGUCUGAAUCACGGA